UAAAAAUUCCAGUAAUAACGAUUGAUUGAUAAACUAAAAGAAAAGUAAAAUUCAUGUGGUAACGGCGUUACAACUUUUCAAAGAGAAGAGGUAAAACCCGACACCAGUUUACUGAUGGGCAGGCUUUAAACUACAAGCUGACAAUUUAUAAAACUAAAAAAAAAAUAAGAAGACUAAAGUCCUCACAGAGAGUAAAUCACCGUCGAUUUUUACCCCCACUAUUGAAAAACAAGUCUAAUGUCACGCCGUUAUCACACAUUAACAUUACAAACCGAAAACUUCCGACAAUUCCCGAGGGUGACUUACUUUCUGUGAGGACUUUACGUGAGCUAUGUGCCCUUCGCGAACAAAAGAAACAAAAAAAGUAAAUAUCUGAGAAAUUCAAAUCCUUUAGCUUUGAAGUGACACAGUUUUUUUUACAGAAAAAAAUGCAAAUAUUAUUUUAAUUUGUAAUUAAUGUAGCAUACAGUGAAGAAUAUAAAAUAAAUCAAGAUUUUAUUUAUAUGUAAAAAUAAAAUAUUUGUGGUUAAUUAAUAAGUUUUUUGUUUUGAAUAAAAAUAAUUAAAAUGUCAGAAAAGUCAAGAAAGAAAAAGUCAGAUUCAAAUGUAGCUGUAAUUACACUAAGUGAUGACGAAGAAAUUAGUAUCAUUGAAAAAGAAAAUCAUUCUAAGAGUCCUGGUUUAAAUGAAGAUGUUAAUAUAAUUUAUCAAAAAAGCUCUUCAUUUUCUAUAAUAGAAAUUAUAAACACAUCAUCUGACAAUGACAACUCAAUUAAUGAAACUUCACACUCAAAAUCACAUAACAAAAGAAAUUCUAUAUUAAUACCAUGCCCGAUUCCACAAGCUGGUGUAUUUAAAACCGUGAUCACAGUCAGAAAUGAUUUGAUAUCAAAGAAUGAUCUCGAAGGUUCGGAUAAAAAGUUUAAUCUAAACAGUUCAUUAGAAGAAAAACCAAUCAUUAUAAUUGACACCAUUAAGAAAGAAGUUAAAACGGAAAAUUGUGAUAAUGAUUCAAAAGAUGAUUGUUUAAAAGAAAGAGUCAUUAUAAAAUCUGAAAACAUCAAAGAAGAGUCAGAUAUUAAAUUGGAAAAUGUCAAAGAUGAGUUUAACUCAUCAAGACUUACAAAAAAUAAUGUAACUGUGAAAUCAGAAAAUAAACGUAAUGAAUCAGAAUAUGAUGACAGAAAAUAUAAUAUUUUAAAAGAAGUAAAGCGAGAAAAUAUAAAAACUGAAGAAAAAUAUCAGUCUACUCGUGUCAUUAAUCCCAAUUAUAAUCACAGAAAAAAAUUUAAAAAAGAUGAUAAGACAGAUGUAUCGGAUUCAAAUACAAAUAAUUCAGAUGAUUGGCCAAUGUCUUCGUCAGCGAGUACUUCUCGGUCUAGACGUCAUACUGUUUACAAUAUAAUGUUUAUAGACAUUAAUUAUGCAAAAUAUGAAAAACCACUUUCUAGCAUCGGAGGAAAAAUAGUAUCUGAUCCAUCAACUGCAAGUAUUUUAGUUGUAGAUAAAAUCUGUAUAAAGAUAAAUAUCAUCUGUGCAAUAGCACGAGGUAUUCCAAUCGUUUCUAUCCUGUGGAUAGAAUCAAGUAUUAAUAAAAAAAAAAUUGAUGAUCCAUUGCCAUUUAUUAUUAAAGACCAAGCUUUUGAAGAAAAAUAUAAAUUUAAUUUACAUGAAAGCUUGAUAAAAGCUGCAACCGAGCCCUUAUUUAAUGAUUACACUUUUAUCAUUACACGCAACGUUAAACCGAAAUGUUCUGAUUUAACAAAAUUAAUUGACGCAGCUGGUGGAUCAUCAUUAAUAAACGCGCCAAAAAUUUGGAAGAAAAAUACAUUUAUUGUAAGUUGCGAUGAUGACUUGAGAGCAGCUCGACAAAAAAAAGUAAACUCGCCUAAAAACGCAACUAUUCCAAUAGUAACUACAAAUUUUAUAAUUGAUUCUAUUUUAAGACAAAAAAUUGUUGUAAAAAACUAUCUGCUUGAACGUUAAUAUUUUAUUGUUUCGUUGUAUUUUUUUUUUUCCAAAAUCAAUCAGACCAGAGUUUAGUUUGAAAUUAAUAAUUGCUUGAUGUUUCAAUUAAAACAAUGAGAAGGUUCAACUUUUUCUACAAUAAAUUUAAUCGACAAAAGAUGAAGUAAAUAUUUAAUUAUGAAAAAUAGAAAAAAUAUUAAUAUUGCCUCGCAAUAAAUAUUAGUUAAUUUUAUGAUACAAUAAUUUUAUUUUAUUGAAUAUACAAAAGUACAAAAUAUUAAUUAUUUAAAUAUAAC